CAUGGUGUAAUUCAAUAUUAGUCUCCUAGAGUUCACACCAAGUAGUCUUCUGAGAAUUUCACAAUAAGAGUGAAAUCGAAAUAGAUUAAGUUAAGAACUAUAAUAAUUUUGAGCCAAUUAACUGAUUUAAAGUUUCUAUAUGGAGAAGCUCUAAAAAACAAUAAUGAGCCAAAGAAAAUAAUUGCUGAGUAGAACGAUUCGUUAAAUUUAUACAAAUUAUAGUCUUCAUUUCGGCAUAGAAAAAUGAGGAGUGAUUAAUUAUUAUAAAAGACAUUUAAAUUCGGUGAAUUAAAGAUUACUGAUUUAUAUAGUACUUUAUUUAAAUGA